GAAUUUUCGGCACAAGGACUGUCCAGUUUUCGGCUGCGAGUCAGCGAGUGACCUUCCGGCCCAGCCCUGCUUUGGUGAUCUGACUGAUCGUACAAUUUGGCAGUGAACCGUGGCAACGAAGCUGGCUGCUCUCUUCGAGUUUCGUGCUUCUGCACUUUGAAAGGUAAUAUCGUUUUGACUUUACACAACCGUUUCCUGUACUCGAAGGCACACCCUGGGACUCAAGUUCCCAGUUUGUCUGUCCGGUGCCAGUCACCGUUCUAGCUGAAGUACCGCUGUAGGCGUAGUGGCAUCUUGGAUCACGCGGGCGGGUCCAAUGACUGACAUCUCAGUCGUUCUUCAACCUCAUCAUUCAAGUUCCAAUGGCGAGUAUACCGCUGGGCCUGGCGAGUUCCUUCCUCUUCUGUUUGCUUUCAGAAGCUGUGUCUCUGCAGCUGGGUCACCCGGUGACGCUGUCUGCUGGAAGUAGUAGGCAACUAUCCUUUCGCGUUCCUGGCGGUUCUAAAGGAGGUUUGCCAAGCGACCUCGACUCUCAAGGCCAGUUGAGUUUCGUCGAACUUGGGAAAGGUCGCCAGUCGAAAAGCAAGAAGCGUGCGAAGGAAAAAGACGAAGGCGCAGACAGCGAACUCGCGAAUGCCAGUGAAGAGUCUCAGUCACAGGAAGAGGGGAGUCAGCAGGGCAGUCAAAGUGAAUCACAGGAAGAGGAGGAGGAGGAAGCUUUCGCUCGAAAGGGAGCAAGCAGCUCGCAGAAGAAGGUAUCUGACAAGGGGUCCCAGAUAUCUGCCGGGAGACAGGGAUCCUCGAAGAAAAGUGUUUCAACUGCGAAUUCGUCAUCUUCAGACGCCUUCGAUGAAGAACAAGGUGAGGGAUCCGGAGUAGCAGAGGAAGAACACACCAGGAAUAGUGAAGCGGAGAGCGGCAUCGCGGAAAGAAGCGAGGCGCCAAAUGAGCCUGAUGAAGGAGGAAGCGCUGCAGCCGCUGAUGAAGCGGAGGGGGGCAGUGUUCACGGGAGCCAGAGUUGGAAAGAAGAAGGCUCGGCGAAGGUAGAGCCGCCCGUCGAGGAGUCAACAGGCGUUUCGAAAAGAGGUGGACGUGGGGGGAAGUCGGAGAAGGACCGAACGGAGGAAGAGUCGGAGGAUGAAGAGUCAAUGACGGUCUCGUCGAAUGCGAGCGCCGGUUCUGCUCGGAGCCAAACCGGGAAGGGGAAAAAAAGCAGACGUCGGGACCGAAAGGAAGAGGACGGGUCGUCUUCUGUGAUAGAGAGUCCGCCUCCACCAAAACGAGCACACAGUGAAAGACAGGCGAAGGAAGCAGAAUCGCUGCAGGCAUCUCACGAAAGAAAGGGCGGGCGUGCGCCACUCGAUCCUGACGCUCCGCGCCUAGGAUACAAGAGCAGAGGCGACGUGUGCUCAGCUAUUGGUUGCAAAGAAGUCGUGAAUAGGGACGAGGAUGAUUCCUUGCAAGGAUGUCUCACUACAGUCGCGUGCGCGCAUUGUUCUGGUUCUGGAGUCGCAGCAACCCAUAAAAGCUGCCGGAACUGGAAAAUGUCCGGGGCAAACGAAAUAGUUCUCGCUAAUGGUAUUUUCAGAAUUCAGGGGGGAGUGGCCAAGAUUGGAGAUGAAAUUCUUGUUCGAGUAGCAUGGGACAGAUCGUUCGUUAUCGGUGUCAACGUGUGCGCACCGGAUCUUCGUCAGACAGUCGCCAUCACGAAGAAUACAAGUCCAGGUGGCCACGUGCCAAUCUUCCGGAUAGCAACUGUCCAGUUGACGGCUCAGAGGUCCAUGCAUCUGCAGGCUGAAAGUGCAAACGGUGCUGGUACGAGUGGGCUCGCGUCUGUUUCAUUUACAGUGGAAUUCCCCGGCAAGGAACAACGGAAAGCGAUCCACUCCCUGAGUGCCGAGCUGCACCCUGUCUGUCUCGCAAACAAAGCCCACAUAGAGCCGGUGCAGCUUCAGGCAAAUGGUGUCAGUCGCAUGUUUUCUUCGAGCUGGUUUUCAUUUCCUGCGUUCACCACACCGUCACUGGCGACCAGUGAAAUCGUAGUCAAGCUCCACUGUGAACGAGAUGACUGCGCGUCAGAUACGAUCACUGGCUGCAUCCGCCUCCUGUGUUCAGCGACACUGCCUCAGGUGGAGGCGAAACUUCAUGCCAGUUCGGCAGUCUCUACCCCAGUGACUUCCAUGUUUCACCCAGGGAUGAUGCCGGGGCAGCUGAUGGGAGCUGGAGUGUCUCCUGCAAUCGUCCCACAGCUUGGUUUAUUUCCCGGGCAGGCAGGAAUGAUGCCAAUGCAGCAGGCAGGCGUGGUGCCACUGAUGCCUGCAGUGCGACCAGUCGGAAUGGGAGCUGGUCGGUUUUGGAUGAUGCCUCGUUUCUACGUUGUUCGAUCGACGCCGGAUGUGCUCGCGAUGAUUGAGGCCAUGCUUUGCCAGAAUGAGUGGUACAUUAUUGUUUUGCGCAAAUAG